AUGAUGUUGCUACAUUUAUUGAUCAUAUUUAUUCUAUAUAAUCCAGUAUCAUGCCAAAUAUCUUGUUAUGCUUGUUCGCGCGCAUCAGACACAUAUAAAUAUCUUAUUACAGCAGAUAAUAUUCCUGAAAAAUUAAAUGAUUGUCCAAUUAUAGCCAAUCAAUCCGAAUGUGUUAUUAGUAUGAGGUGGUUCUUGAAUAACAAUGAAACGGAACUUGAUAUGGUACCUGAAACACGACAUAAAAGAUCAAUAUCAUCGGAACAUACGAUUACCGUAGAUGCGAUCGUAGGUAAAGAUGGAUCAAGUUUCUCAUUACAACAUUCACUUUAUUAUUUUUGUUCAACUGACAAAUGUAAUAGUCCAAGUUCCUUGAAACGUUUACUUCAAUCGUUAACAUUGAAUGAUCAAUUUAUGGAAUUAAUAGCUUUAUUGAGACCAAGUACACAGUUCGAUGGACAUUGGUGUUUGUUACUUUCGAAUCAAACUACUGAAGCUUGUAAAGUACCUGUAGUAGUAGAUCCAAAUAAUUGUAAACAAUGUUCAACGACAUUUAUUAGUGAAUCAAAAAGUACUGGUAGUAUAUGUGCAGGUUGUUAUACUGAUGAUGUACAUCAAGAAUUUCUGGGACGUGAAAUUCUUUUUAAUUUAACCGACCAAACACAAACAGAAAUUGAAAUGAUUAACUGUCGAUCAGAAAAUUGUAAUUCACUUCGUACUAUUGAUCUUAUUCGUGGAAAAAUGACUGGAGCAUAUAGAGGCAUUGGUUUUAAAGUUGUAAAAAAAUUACUUCAACAAUCUUCAAAAACCAAUGAUAUUAUUCUUCUUGGUAGUCAAAAUAUCAACCGUGGUCAAGAUAUCAGUGUGAAGCUUGCAUCACAAAACUAA